ACCUUCUGCAUAUGGUUUCACUGCAUAUUUCAACUUCAUCUAUUUUUUCCUAUCUUACAUCCUCCUUCAUAUAGUCAAUCUAUCUAUUUUUUUCAGUCAUCCAGUAUUUUUUUCUUGUAACUAGGCUGACAAAAGAAUGAAAAAUAAUGAUCCAUAAUUGGAAGAUCCAUCAUGAAACCUCCCUCUUGAAAAGUUCAAGUUAUAGAAAGAAGGAAAUACAAAAGCAACUAACGUCCCUGUGGCUGUGUCUUCAAAAGGAGACCAGCCAUCAGGAACAAGGUUGGCGAGGAGCUGGAGGUGGUGGAGACGUGGCCCUGCACAGGGAACAGUCUCAACCAAACACGGCAGCAACCACGGCCGGCUGCCACCAGGAACAGCAGGAGGAGAGGAGCAACAUGCCAGAGGAGGCCCUGGAUGGCGACACAGAGGGACGGAGCCGAGAUGACAGAAAGGAAAGCGAGGAGGAUGAGGAGGCGUCAGACAUUGCCAGGAAGAAAGACAGUGACAGUGAAGUGGAGAUAAGCAAUGAGAACUUGAAAGACACAUGCGUGAAAUGUGAAUUAGUUGACUUUGAUGGGAUCAAGGAGGGUAAUGAGGAUGAUGAUGAUGGUGAUGAUAAUGAUUAUAGUGAAGGUGAAGAUUCUUGGCUUAACAGAGUGCAAAGGAGACGGAAUGAAGAGGAGAAGGACUAUGUAUGGUUAAGAGUGAUUGACAAGGAGACUUACCUGAAGGUGAUGGCUCCUGUGUACCUGCUGUUGGAAGCCAGGUCAGCAUCUCCCCUUCAUGUGCACCACGUCAGACUAGCCGUGUCUCACUUGUCCAGAAUAUGGCCAUGGUGGGCAGUGGGUGUGAGGCACCGAGGACAGGAGAGAACUCCAUGGCUGUGUGUGACACCAGCCCAGCGACCUACUCUACAGGUGUCUGGUGUUGAUGAGGAGGAGGAUGAGAAUGAACUGUGGAAUUUGAUAGACGAGCAGCAGUGGAGACACACCAAGGUGGCCGAGGGAAUGUUGUCCUCCAUCACACUCAUCACCCACUCCCGCCUGUCAGCUGCUGCCGCUGCCGUGGCCGCUGCUCCCCAUGCCCACAGAAAUGAAGACAAAGUUCCUGGUACAAGUGGCAAUCCGGGUCACUCCAAUCCCACCACACCCAGCAUGGCAGAGCCCAGUCAGGUCCAGAGGGACAACAUACCAGACCUGCCACACAAAGUCUACCUCAUGCUGGGCGUCCCGUGUUCCUUCGUGGAGCAUGUCACCGCCACAGCCAUCUGCCGCACCUUCGUCACCCUGCUGGACGAUGUCUUGGCGGGGAGAAUACAGGAGGAGCACAAGGUGACACCGGAGACUGUUAGUCCAGGAGAGGUGGGUGGUGCCAGCCUGGAGUCCUGGUUGGCAGAGCGGCUGGAGAUGGUGGCUGAGGUGAAGGCUGAAGGGAGCCGGAGCAACACUGAGCCUGAUGGCGGGUAUCCCCGGGGGGAGGAAAAUGAGGACAAUGAGUAUGACAGCUGGGGGUACAUGCAGAGAGCCUUUGAUUCGGUCACCAGCCGGAACUUCAUCAACAGGUGCAAGGCGGAGAGGGUGAGCUACGUCAACGGCUUUGCCACCUGUGUGAGUGCUGCAGCGGCAGCCAUUUUGACAGCAGCUGCUGCUGAGGAGCGUGGGGAUCAGCAACGGCAGGUGGUGACGAGGCAGCGGGUGUGCGAACAUCUGCGCUGGCCGGCUGCCCCCCUGGAUUGGCAAGAUGAUGAGUCAGAGCAGGAGGUUCCACCAGACCCCUGCAGCAGACCACCGGGUGUCACCAUCACGGCACCUGCCGGGGAGGACAGCUCCGUGUUCUGGGAGGCAGCGAGGUGUGUCAGCCAGCAGCGUUGGGGCACACCGGCUGCUGGCAAGAGAGGGGCCACACUGCACAUUCUCCAUGCCCUUGUCGGUGAGGAAGGCGAGGAUGACGUACCCCUGCAGCGAUACCCCACAGUGAGCCUUCACCUCUGUGAUAUUCAGAAGGAUGAGAGCAGCAUUCUCUCAGUGCAGCGUGCAGGGAAUGUGGUGGGACUGGGGCCACACUCCCUCUCCCCGCUGCGGCACUUCCUCAUCACGCACACCGUCAACCUGCACCUGGAGGAGGCCACUCAGGUCCUUAGCUUUUCCCUUCACCACUCCACUCUCUUUCUCUCCCCGGGAACUGGGAAAAGGUUUGCCGAUGAGAUUGAGACAGCUCUCAAGAACUCCCUGAGGCAGCGGUGAUGAGGCAGGGCCCACUGGUCUCCACGGGUCACCUGUGCAGAUCACAAAUGUGCCAACUUGUCGACAAUGUAAAGACGUAGAGAUGAUGAUAGCAAAAAUAUUUAUGAUUUAUAAUUUGAGAAAUGCUUAUUAGUUGUGUAACAAAGAGUCAACAGAGGGUAACACUGCAAGGCUUAGGUGUGAGGCCUUACAGGCUGGCAGCAGCUUCUGUGAUAUUAUGUAUUAAAUUGUGCGUCUUUUAAUCAAGGACAUUAAACAAUAAAUAAACUAAAGAAUCUCUCUCUCUCUCUCUCUCUCUCUCUCUCUCUCUCUCUCUCUCUCUCUCUCUCUCUCUCUCUCUCUCUCUCUCUCUCUCUCUCUCUCUCUCUCUCUCUCUCCCCUCCCCACCUAGUCAGUGAUGGGUAUUAAUGAGCGGCCUUGCUGGGCGGUGUAGGUGUGAGUGCCUGAGACGCCUCCACUGCAGCAUUGUGAGUUUAAUGUGUUAUCUCUGUGAUGGUGUGGUGUGGACUGUGUGACAGACUGUUUUUAUGACGUACUGUGACGUGAAGCCUUAUUGGAGCCGUGCCAUUUUUUCACAAUGGUGCUGUAUUAAUCAUGUGAACUGAAUUUACUUGCUAUUAAAAAGUACUUACAAAAUAAACAUUUUGAAUAUAAUGUA